UUAUUAGUUGAAUUCUACCUUGACGUAAAGUGGAGUCAGCCUCACUUAUUUGCACAAUGCAAAUAAUGUUUGAUCAUUUUCAUAGCAAAUUGGGGAUUAUGUUAAAGAACCAUGACGGCAAACAGCUCUGAGGAUUUUCAUUUAAAGCUGCAGUGAACAUAACUGCACUCAUUUCACACCGUAUCAAUAGCAUUGCUUUGUCUGGGGUUUCGUGUUCAGCGUAACCAUUGAACGGUAAGAGGAAACAGCGCAAUCAUUGCCAUGGAGGGGAAGACUUUGAUUUUUGUGGUCUUAUCAGGACUGUGUUUCCUACCUGCCUGUUUUCCCCGCAUCUACAUCCUUGUUGAAAAGGCAAAGACCUGGACUGAAGCUCAGAAUUACUGCAGGGAGAAGUACACCGACCUGGCCUCAGUUGAAAACGAGGAAGAGUAUAAGCAGCUGAUGGCUGCGUCACAAAAAUACUACAGUGGUCAUCUCUGGACAGGGCUGUAUGGUGACAGGAACAGCUGGAGGUGGUCACUGGAAAAGAAGGAUUCUAACAGUGAAGGAGAGGCAGAGUUCAGGAUGUGGAAGCCUGGUGAACCCAGUAACGAAAGGGGAUAUGAGAACUGUGCAGGAAUGGCUGCUGGUGGCUUCUGGGAGGAUUGGCUUUGCACAGAUACAGCACAGUUUGUCUGCUACCAUAUGACAUCUUCCAGCUUCAUAUAUGUGAAUGAGUCCAAGACCUGGAGUGAGGCUCAGAGCUACUGCAGGGAGCACUACACUGACCUGGCCAGUGUGAGGAACCAAGCUGAGAAUGACCAGAUAGAGAAUAUGAACCAGAACCGAAGCGUGUGGAUCGGCCUCUACAGAGACUCAUGGAAGUGGUCAGAUGGGAGCCCAACUUCCUUCACAUAUUGGAAUAAUAAUGAACCAAAUGGUGAUUAUGCCUGUGCAGUUAUACACAAUGGCCGAUGGGAAGACUACGACUGUGAUACAACGUUGUACUUUGUCUGUGAAAUAGUGCCAGUGAAGCAGCAGGUGGUGAGGGUGAAAGUAACUAAACAGGAGACUUCUGUGAACCUUGAGGAUGCUGCGGAAGCCAUCUUGAAGCAGUUGACUCAGACACUGAAGGACAACGGCCUGAGUGAGGACAUAAAGCUGACAUGGAGGAAGCAGCCGGAUGGAAAGAUCUUCUACUUGGAAGAAAAGGAAGAGAACAAGCAGAAGAUGUUAACUUAAAUGAUAUUUCUUUCUUAUUAUCUGUUAGAUUUUCAGUCAGUUCAGAGAUACCACUUUUCUAACUGACUUUUCAUUCUCUACUAAGACAGGACACCUUUCAUAUUAAUUACAUUAUUACACAUUUCUACAUAGCUAGUAUCAGGGUAAUGUUUUGGUAGUAUGUGUGUUAAUAACUUGUGUGCAUAAAUUAGUAUAAUGCAAAGAUAUAUGAAUAAUAAUAGUAUGUGAAACUACAGCAGUUUAAGUGAAUGUUAAGAGCUCAGCUAACUGUGAGGUUUACUCCCUCUUAGGGAACGUCUAGGUUUAGUAUUUAGUGUCUGUCUUGUGUUAAGUUGCUAUUGGGUCAUUCUUCCUGCCAUGAAAUUUACUGACUUUUCCUGAUUUAGGGUCAUAACCUUAGGUAUAACUGAUGUGUUGUGGAAUGUCUGUACUGUAUAAAUACAGCGAUGAUUUGCCUUUGUUGUUAUGGCUGCUUUAAUCCUGGUUCUGUUUGGCCUGUCAGGGUAAAGGUGAGCUGUAAGAGAUUAUGCCAAAGACAGACGCUAAAUAGCUCCAAUAGACCGAAGGCUCUAACAUGCUCUUGAACGUCCGCAGACAUAAAAAGAGGGGACGUUCAAGAACUAAACAAAUCACAUUUGCAUACUUUAUGUUUAGUUUUUCUAAUUAGCAUAUGGUAUUUAACCCAGUUGUUAGCAUGCUUACACGUCAAACUAAGACACUGAACGUGCUAAUCCAUAUUUCUUCUUUGCAUCAGAAUGUUAGCAUUGUCAUUGUGACAUACAUACAUUAGCAUGUAGCUCAAAGCACCAUUGUGCCUAAACACAGAGCUGCUAGCAUGGCUCUAGCCUCUUAGUCCUGUUUUCUUUUAAACCCUGUCUCCUAACAGCAGUUGGAUCAUGCUUGGUACAUCAUUGCCAUGUUCUUAGGAAAUUAAAUAUGUUAAGUUUUGAUAAUUGUAUGAAAUGAUAUACAUUUAAAUCAUAUAAUUUAUUAAAUGUUUAUCAAAUAUUUGUUAAAUAUAAUAUAUAUCAAAUAAUCAUUUCUUUUUGAACUCUAUAAUAAGCCAUAAUAAAAUUUGACUAACUUGAACUGA